AUGCAAUAUUUGUUUGGCUUUCAUGAAAUCUUAGAAGUGGUUACUAAUGGCGUCUCUGAGCUUGCUGAGAACACAACUGAUGCUCAAAGAGUUGCGAACAAGGAGGCCAAGAAGAAAGACAAUAAAAUUGCAUUUUAUAUUCAAUCAGUGGUAGACACUACGGACUUUGAUCAAAUUUCUUAUGCUGAAUCGGCAAAGGAGGUAUGGGAUAUUCUUAUCAAAUAUCACGAAGGAGUUGCAGAUGAGCAUGUCGGCACCAAAAUCUGGUUCCUCGAUACAGACUGCUCGAAUCACAUGACUGGUAGGAAAGUGUGGUUGGUAGAUUUUGAUGAGUCAAAGCAGAGCAAGGUCAAACUUGUUGAUAAUAGCUCAUUGCAAGCAGAAGGUACUAGCGACAUAGUUAUUCAAAGGAGAAAUGGAAUAAAGCUAUGA